UUUGAGAGACGCGGAGUAGGUGAACGAAUGGUCUCCGCAUGUGUGGUUCCCACCGUGAAGCAUGGAUGAACAGGUGUGAUGGUUGUUACCAACAAGUGAGGUCUCAAACUAAAAGGAGCUACCACUGUACUGUACAAGGGGCCUGCGCUUCUUCUAGGACAACAAGUUUGAGGAGGUGGAGAAGGGAGACACGGUAUUCUGUCUGGCCUGCAGGAUGGAUGUCGAAGGGCAAGAUUGAGGACACUGGAGGCAGCGGCGGCUCCUACUCCAUCAAGACCCAGUUCAACUCAGAGGAGCAGUGGACCAAGGCGCUCAAGUUCAUGUUGACCAACCUCAAGUGGGGCCUGGCAUGGGUGUCGUCUCAGUUUUACAACCGAUAGAGGAGGAAGAUGAGGAAUCACCCUGGGUGUGCCCUUUGACCCUUCUAAAACCACCAUUUCGUCACAAUGUGUGACUCUCUAAAGUUCUUCUUCUACGAUGCUCUCCUUGCUUCCCUGUGAUGUUUUGAGAGGGUGGGGAGAAGACUGGAGGAAGGACUUUUGAGAUUCACCGCAGGUGUGAGUUCCAAUCCAGUACGUCAUGUUUCCUUGUUUGAUUUCCACAUUGACCAUAUGAAAGGACAAAAUAAAAACUGUUAAAUUGUUCACAUUCAA